UGUCGUCGAUUUAAAACCCGCGGAUAGAGACCGCCGCGGUAUAUAAAGAGGCGCUGAAGAAGUCAGGCGCGAAAAGUCGCGCGACGCGUGCUUUUCGGACUGUCGCGAUUGCAGAAUCGCUGCCAAUCUUGUGUGAAAAUCCUCGCCGAAGCAGCGGAUACCAAUCGAUCCUCGGGGGAUGUUUCGUCCGAUAAUUCGGGGUGGUUCAUGACAGAGCUCGGAGACGGUCGAGUUGUCUCAUUGAAAGAACUCGCCGGCGAUAUUAGACGGCUUUGUAACAAUAGCACGGAACGAUAUCAGCGGCGGUGGCAUCAUGUCGGAGGGCUGCACGAGUUGCAGAGGGACGAAUUACGCGGGUGGCACUUUGCAGUUGGGCACGACUUCCGGUGGCAACACCGGAAGUUCGUCGUCCACUUCUGGAACGGCCUGUACGACCACGAGGAGGGUCCAGGUGCGCGCGAAGGUGCUCUAUGGCACGGGCAAAGCGAUAGCGAGCUUGCAAGCGCAGGAGAAAGCCGCCCGGCACUGACGAGCGUCGUCCUCUCUUUCCUCUCUUCCUGCGCAUUGUCAUCGAGGCCGAGAGACGAAAACGAUAAAGAAGAAUCCUAUGUCGAAACUCAAACGUCGAAUCUCAAAGUUACAAUUUCCGGUAAGGACGAGCAAUCGCUUUUCGCGUCAACGGACACUACGAGGGAAGGAGUAAAUAUUUCAUCAGACUACAAUCCUUUAACUCGAGGUAUCCAGGAAACCGAGGCAAAUACCACUACGUAUCCUAUCGAAGCAACGCGUCCGAAGUACGUGCACAAGUCGCCGGUGAGAGAGACAGAGGCAGUAACGGAUGUAUUACAUCCGGGAAUUUCCGACGGAAUCACGUACGUGGCCGCGAAAGGGUCGAAUCAGAUACGAGAUGGAAUCCGACAUGAAUUUUUGAACGCAUCGCGUGUUUCUGAAAGCUCCGUCGUAACGAAUCCAGUCGAAGGAGAAAAGGAAGAGGAAGUGGGAAAUGGGAAAAAUAAAGAGACAGAAAAUAAGCUCGCUCGCCAAGAGGGGCCUUCCUCGAGUGUGAGGUCGCUGAGAAACACGGGUGUCCAGGGCAACGUGACGAAAUCGUCGGCUAAAGUGAAGAGUAACGCGCCACGGAAAGCGGAAGUUUCUCGGGUACGAAAUGACAGUGCCGCGCCGGACAAGGAUUCCAACACCGGUGGAGUUUCUUCAACGGGAAAGGGAAACUUCGCCGAAAAGCCAGACGAAAGCCCAAGCAGACGACUGACCGGCGUGAUCGCGCAGACCGUCGUGAAAUCCGCUAAUCUGAGAAUUGAAAAUCACACCGCGGUGAGCCGCAACGGCGAGGAAGAAGAGUGGCAACUCGGAGAGGAUGAUCUAAUGGAGGCUGCGAAUUUCGGACUGCGAGCCAUGCACGAUCUUUAUUACGUCCAGGAGCCGAAACUGUACUCGAUGGGUCUUUAUCUGAAGAAGGAUGAACCGGCGAGAUACGUGGCGGCGUUUAACGAACAGUCGGACGAGGCGAGGAACCUGGCGAGAUUCGGCUAUGCGACUCUUCAAGGCACCGCCAUGUACCUGAAAAAGUUUCCCGGCGCGCCGUUAGAAUUACCUUUAUCACGGAGCACUCGAAGAACCUCUUUGGAGCAACAAUGCCCGCGACGAGGCACACCUCAAUGCCCUCCGGCCAGCCUGAGGUACAGGACCUCCGACGGCAGUUGCAAUAAUUUGCAAAAUCUCUGGUGGGGCUCUGCGAUGUCCACGAUGCAGAGAUUUUUGCCGGCGGUAUAUCACGAUGACGUCCAAAGCGUGCGAAGAUCGACGAGCGGGAGGCCGCUACCAAGUGCGCGAGACAUCACGAGCCUAAUCCACGAAGAUCAAGACGUACCUCUGGCUUCCAUCACACAUAUGCUGAUGCAAUGGGGACAGUUUGUGGAUCAUGAUUUGACAGCGACCGGACAGAGCAGAGGAUUCAACGGCACGGUGCCGCAGUGUUGCUUACCGGGUGGUGUCGGAUUUCAACCGCCUGAAUUUAUGCACCCGGAGUGUCUGCCGAUCGCGGUGAAUUUACGUGACAGCUUCUACGGUCCCCUGGGCGUCAGGUGUCUGGAGUUCCUCAGAAGCGGCCCGGCCCCGAAGGAGGGUUGCGAAUUCGGCGCUAGGGAGCAGUUGUCUCAGGUGACCAGUUACCUAGAUGCUUCGAUGGUUUACAGCAGUAACGCCCUGCAAAGCGACAGUCUGAGGUUGUUCCGUAACGGCUUGCUGCAGUACGGGAAGAUUCAGUCGCGCAGACCUCUGCUACCGAAACACGAGUCCGAUCUAUGCAAACUCGGAUCUCUGUCGACGACCUGCUUCCGUGCGGGCGACGGACGUCUCAGCGAGCAACCGGCUCUCACAUCUUUGCACAUAGUCUUUCUGAGACUGCACAACAGGAUAGCCACCGAACUGUCCGCGCUCAACUCCCACUGGAGCGACGAGAAACUUUUUCAAGAGACGCGAAGGAUCGUCGGCGCCGUGGUUCAGCAUAUAACUUAUCGAGAGUUCUUGCCGAUCAUUCUUGGUCCCCAGGUAAUGAAAAUCUUUGACCUGGAAGUCCUGAAGAAAGGCUACUACGAAGGCUACGAUCCGGCUGUAAAUCCUAACAUCGCGAACGCUUUUUCCACGGCAGCUUAUCGAUUCGGUCACUCGCUGGUUCAGCGGAGUUUCGUGAGAUUCGACAGCGAUCACAGGCCCUUGUUUAACAAUGUCUCGAUCCACGAUGAGUUCAGGAACCCAGUGAACCUGGAGACUGCGGGCUCGGUCGAUCGCCUUGUCCUGGGUCUGGCGAAUCAGCCCUGCCAGCGGAGGGACGAAUUCAUAAGCGAGGAGAUGACGAAUCACCUUUUUCAGACUCCCAGUUUCGCAUUCGGCAUGGAUCUGGCCUCUCUCAAUAUUCAGAGAGGCCGGGAUCACGGUCUGCCGCCUUACGUGCGAUGGCGCGAGCCCUGUGGCUUGUCGCCGAUAAGAACCUUCGAGGAUCUCGAGAGGAUGAUGUCGCAGAGCGCCGCGAGAAAAUUCCAAUCGCUUUACGCGUCGGUGGAGGAUAUCGAUCUCUUCCCGGCCGGCUUAGCGGAAAAGUCGGUGGUCGGCGGUCUAGUCGGCCCUACUCUCGCCUGCAUAAUCGGCCAGCAAUUCAGCAACUUGCGGCGCGGCGAUCGAUUCUGGUACGAGAACCCCGAAAGCGAAAGCAGCUUCACUGCUGGCCAGCUGCAGCAGAUUCGACGAGCCACUCUGGCACAGGUGCUGUGCAAAACGAUGGACGCCAUCGAAACCAUACAGCCGUUCGUCUUGCUCGCGGCGGACACGUUGAAGAACCGACGUCUGCCAUGCCAUGACCCGACUAUCGGCCAACUGGACCUCGAGUUUUGGGCCGAACGGUCGUUCGAGUUUAGAUUCAAUCCGCAGGCGAAGAUGAAGCGAACGGCGAGCGAUCCGAGCGGUCCUCCUGUUUCCCGCUCGAAGGAAGAAAACACGUAUAUGAGGAGAAAAAUCAGUGUUAAUCGGGAACAGGCGAAGAUCACGCCGCCACAGGAGCCUUUCAAGAGCAGUAUUAAUCAGAACAACAAGAUCAUCGUGAAGAGACCCAUCGGACGGCCGGACAACGUGACGAUCGUGGUGCAAAACAACGCUGUGAACUCGCCCGUCUUCGUGAAUGACGGUAUUUAUGGAUCGCGCGUUAAGAUACAGCCACGGACCACCGUCAAGCCGAUCUCCGUGUUGAAUCACGGCGCGAGUAAUUAUCCAGUGAAUCGACCACCGAUGAAACCUAUACCAACGACGAUUCCGCACUCGGGUUACCCGUACGUGCCUCAGGCUUACGACGAUCCCAGCAAUCCGAAUCCGCUCGUUUACGGUUACAAGUCGCCCGCCCAAGAUCAGGUCUUCUACGACAGCUACUCUCCCAGCAGCCCCAGACCUACGUUGUACACGUAUUACACGAAUUUCCAACAAAAGCCGACCACUCAGACGCCGAGUCACGAGGUCAACGGUUACUUGAUCAAUUACGGAUCUCCGCAUCGCGAACACGACUCGUUCCCGGCUUAUCUCAGCUACGCGAGGCCGAGACCUCAAAUGGUGAAUUCGGGACACCUUUACGAGUCGAACAGUGAGCAGAGGCCGACGACGAACACGUGGCCGAACUCUAGGCCGAAUUACGUAUCGAACGACGACGACGAAUCGUAUCAUAAACCAGGUUACGACGGAGUGAAGCCUUCUCCAGCGAUCUCGCGGCCGAAUUUCGGAUCGACUUACGGCGGAUCGCAUGACGAGUCGCAUCACGGACAGAAGCCGGGUUACAGUAGGCCGACGCCGCCGAGCACGUCGCGACCGAACGACGAAUCGUAUCACACGCAGAAACCGGCGUACGGUGGACUUCUGGUGAACUUGUGGCCAGGCUCCACGGCGAAUUAUCAAUCGUACAGCACGCAGAGACCAGGCAGUGCCGGAAAUUCGCACUUACAAAAUAACAAUAACCUGAGCGAUCGGCCGAGCGAAAAUUACUCCGCUGAUCCGAACAAACAUCAAUGGAACUUGAACAGCUACCAAAAGAGACCGUACGAUUACGACGAUCCUGACGCGUACCAGAAGAGACCUGGUGUCAAACCGCAAAGUGGACUUUACACAAAUUCCGGAACGAAUGUUCCUCCUCAUCGAGAAGACACGAGGCCGGGUAACUCAUCCCCUACGUAUUCGCAGGGAUCCACCGCGGGCAACAAUUACGACAAGUACCCUGACGCCACUCCGACUUAUCAAAGCAGUUGGACGGAAGUCUCGUCUUACUCAAAAGAAAGCAGCACUUCGUCUAAGAGUGAGUUUUUCUCCUCGCCGCAUAGCUCCUCGUUCUACCAGAAACCAACAACGAAUCGACCUGUUUACCAGCCUGAUGGCCAAUCACAUGGCCCUUAUCAGAAACAAUCGAUCGAUGGGCUCCUUCCUGCCUACAAAAAUCCUGACAGCCCUGGCUUAAGUGAGCAAUACAACACUCCGCAGCAGAAUCGACCAACUCCAACUCCACAUUGGCCAGAAGUCUCGACGAUCGACUUCUAUGCACAAAAGCAAGAAGGAGGUUUUAAUCCGAGACCAAUUAAGGUACAAAGCGUCACGAUCGUCACCGAGGCGGUCGAAACCAUUCAUCAUCCUGGUCAUUCCGGAUACAUAUCUCAGUACAAGGUCACCAGCGAGGUCCCAAGGCCGUUGGUGCAGCAGACGAGAAACAAUGUAGCGGUCACCAGGAAACCGGGGCAGUAUUAUUACGAGAAGAACGUGCUGCAUCGAUAUCCCGGCGAAGUUGUCGACCAAAUUCCCAAGAGCAAUCAUUAUUCGACAGACGAUAAUGUAGCCGAGGGGAUAUUGGUACAAGAUCGAGGACUGUCGUCCUCCGAGAAGAUUGCCGCGGAAGCGACUACCGAUGAUUCAAUUACCGACGUUUCUAUGCCGGAUUCUAAAACGAUCGAACGCAACGAAAGUAAAUCGACCACCACUACGACAACGUUGUCGUCUACGCUCGUGACCACCGAUUACGAUAAUAACAGAGAUGACGUGGUGGACGACCUCGAAGGCGCUUUCUCGCCACUUGUCGAGAGCAUUGCAUCGGCUGACGUUCCCGACAGGAUGAGUCAUUGGAUGAAUCCGCAAGAAGAUCCGAAUUUACCAUUGAUAUUAGAAAUGCCCGGAAUUCUCUCCAAUGAAUCCGCGAGUGUCGCCAAGGAAUUACCUAAGCCCAUUAAAUCGAGGAGUCACGCUACUUAAAGUUACGCGCUUCUUAAUU